AUGAAGUGCGUUAUUUUUAUUGCAAUUUUGGCGUUGUAUACAGUUCACGGACUGAAGACCAUUCAGAAAGGCUAUUUUAAUACAAUAUCAGUAGAACCAAUAGAAUACGGAGCAGGUAGAAAUUACUACAACGCUGGAAUUAGAAAAUCCAUCAUUUGCAAGGGUGGUGAUAAAAAUCAAAAGGUGGAAUGGAUAGAUCCCUCAGGCGUGGUUGUUCCUCGAGUUUCAACCAACCGAGUGUUUGUACAGGAGCACUUUGUCCCCUCCUAUAGGGCCAGGGUACCGGCAGCCGUGCUGGUCUUCACCCAUGCAACAGUGGAAGAUAGUGGUAUAUGGGAAUGCCGUGCGGGGGGAAAGAAAAGAGAACUCUCGCUGUGUAUUAUUGAUCCAGCCGAGUUCGUAGAUACGCCGACAGAAGUUACCGUGGACUUGGGCAGGUCCAUAACACUCACCUGCCAAGCACGAGGCGGCCCAGAACCUACACUCGUGUGGUAUAGAAGUGGAGAAAUUGUUGUCGAAGAUAGUGCCUCAUCCAAAUACGUAGUGACUACAAAAUUUAACAGUCAAGGAUUUGAAGGUCUUCUCACCAUCAGAUCGCUUGAAAGAGAGGAUAGUGGUAUCUAUACUUGCUCAGCGAUACAGGCUAGCCCUCAUGACGAAGACUGUACCGCAAACAAGAGUACUAAUAUUACACUUAACAUUAACUAUGCACCUGUAUUCUCUGAUGGCAACGAUACAAAUGUAGUUUUCGUCAAGGAAAAUGAAAAUGCCGAACUAACUUGUUCCGUUGAGGCGUAUCCGGAGCCGACAUAUCGUUGGUUCAAAGAAGUUGGUAGUGAUUUAUCUGAAAUUCCUCAAACUGAAAUAAGGGUAGCCGAGGAUGGCAGCAAGGCUGUUAUAAUUUUAAAAGUGGAGAAGUCACUAUUUGGUCAAAGAUUUGUCUGCCGUGCGACAAAUCAGUAUGGGAAUGUUGAUAAAGUAUUUGCAAUUCAAAAACUGGAAAAGCCACAAGCGCCAAUCGAGCUAAAUAUAAACAAUUCUUCAUACAAUUCAGUACAAUUAAGAGCAACUUGGGAGGAGGAGGCGUUUUAUCAAGUUGCAGGAGUUGAAAUUCAAUACGUGCAAGCCAUUGCUCUUAUAACAUUGCCAAAGCUAGAGGAAGACACGUCAUAUUGGCUGCGUAUUCGCGCAAUCAAUGAAGCCGGAUGGUCCUCUUGGUCCGCACCAGUCAAAGGUGCCACAGAGCUUAAACCGGAAGUGGAGGAUAUUGAGGAAAGCCCUAUAAUUGAGGAAAGUCAUGAUUUUUUCGCGCGUUUAUACGGCCUACUAUUCGCUGGGGGAGUGUUGGUUAUAGCUUUCGGAUCUAUGUUUAUAGUGAGAUUGGUUUAG